AACAAGAUGGCGGACGGAGGAAGUCGCAGGGUAGGACUAGAGUUGCUGGGUAAAUGCUCAAAACAAGAGGCCGAAAAAAUAACACACGAACUAUUGGAAAGUAUAUGUACUGGGAAGAGCUUGAGAUAUCAAAACUAUGGAAAGGUUUGGACAACUGAGGAGUGGAAACUGUUACAACAAAACGGAAAAGAAAUGUUAAAAGAAUUCACUGCAAAAGGAAUGAACAAGGAACAGAUUUCCGAGGAACUUGACAGAUUAUCACUCACUCCUGAGGUUAAACAAGCUGUUCUUGAUUGUGUCUGGCCUCGUCAAGAAGAAGUGAGGCAAAUGCUUGUACUUAAUGCAGCUUCGAUAUCAAAUUCUUAUCUAAAAGAUUUUGACUGGAAAGUCAAGAUGACAAUGUCCAGUGAUAAGUUGGCCAGUGUGAAAGAACCCACUGUCACAUUGGAUUUUGAUGUCGAGGAGCGUGGGAAAGACAGAAACAUUUCUGUGGAGCUUUCAAAAGAAGAACUAGACAAUCUUAUAUCAUCUUUAGAAGCAGCUAAUAAGGUGGUUAUGCAGCUAAGAAAAUAAGUAGUGAGCAUAUAUAUAUAUAUAUACACAUAUAUUUUUUUUUUUGCUCAUGAUAUUCAUAAUACAUUUAGUUUUAAAACCAAAAAAUCAAAAACAAAAAAAAACUGUAUUUGAUAUGAAAAUAUCCUUGUGUCUGGUACAGCUACAUGAAUAACCAUAUGUUAAAUGUAUUUUAGAGCUUUGUUAAACAAAUAAAAUUUUUUUUUCCACAAAUUUUGUGAACCCACACACUGACCAUAUUCUUAUGUACCCUAGCAAGUGUUCCUUUGAACAGAUUAACAAAUAUCGCUGGCACGAUGGACAGUCAAAUCAGGCUCUGAUAAGAUAAAUUCCAAGCUGUGAGAUGGCAUUGAAACAGCAACAUCAAGGAAAUGAAAAUGCGACUUCAAGCAGGACAUUGAUGAAAUUGUGACAGCCACAUCGGAACCUUUCAAAAUGGUGACAUGACAAAGUUUGAAAUUCAGAUGGCUGACACCUAUACCCCCCCUCUAACAGGGCCUCUCAAAUGCCCGUGUGUAGCUCAGGGAAAGGGGGGAAUGUUGAAGCUUCGAAUUGAUCAACACAUAACAUACUGAGUCAUACUCACAGCUACUUUGAAAACCCAUUUUUAAAACUAAAGCAGAUAUACAUCUCCUGACCCUUCACCGAUUGGUAAAAAAAUUAUCUUUAUUUCAAAACACUGUUAUUGCAGUUACCCAGUACGACCUUACUUCGGAUUUAUCCUGCGUGUGAUUUGUCCUUAUUGCGUAAAAUUGUGGAUUGAUGUUCCUUCUUUCACCUUGAAAGUUGAGAUACUUCAGAGAGUGAGACCAGAGCUUUGAUCCCACAAAUACAAAAUCUUGAAAUGGAAAUCUUUGUGUUCUGCUAACCUCUCGUUUUCCACACUAAAAGGUCGUCCGAUAUUAUUAAUUUGUAGCUUUUAAAACCGUUUUCUCAAGACAGGCUGGUAGUGAGUGAGGCCU